AUGCUGUCGAAGUUCCUCGAGCGCGAGUACCAGGCCGGCCGUUUGCUGGAAUGCGCGCCGGAGGAUGGAACUGACCGGGCGAGCUUCCGCGCGGUGGAGCUCGGCGCCGGGUGUGGCCUCGUGAGCUUGGUCUUGGCGCGGCUCCUCCAGCACUGGCAACGGGCCAGCCCCACCGAAGGGAAGGGCCCCUUCGAUAUUGUGGCCACCGAGGCGGACAAUCUGCGCUGUCUCGACACCUUGUCUGUCAAUGCCCGACGGUGCUUUCCCCCGGCCGCCGAUGCUCCAGCCCCACCGACAAGCUACCCGCGGAACUUCGGGCCGGUCACCGUGACGGAUCACAAUUGGGGCGCCGAGCUGUCUCCACCCCUCGAGGGGCACUUUGACUAUGUGAUCGGUGCCGAGAUCAUGUACGACCCGGAAACGGGGCUUUCCCUGCUGGCCUCCAUCCGCCGCCUCUGUCACAGCCGGUCGCGUGUGCUCAUGUCCUAUGGUCGGAACCGUUCGGCCGAGCAAAAGUUCAAGGAGGCGGCCGCCGCAUACUUCACCGUUGUCGAUAUUUCCGAGCAGCAACUUCACCCGGACUUUGUGCAUCCGGUCCUCCAUGUCCUGGAGCUCCGCCCGCUGCCUGGCAAGUUCCCGGAGAUCGCUGUCAGCCCCUUGGUGCCACUUGCGCCGGCGACCGACGCCAUGCCUCCGCCGGAUGUCCCGGCCGAGGAGGACAAGAAGAAGCGCCCGCGCGAGGAGGAGCCCGAGCAGCCAACCGUCGUGUCGAAGUCCGAUGGAACGGAUCCCAGCCCUGCCAUGGGGCCCAAGCCCACUGACAAGACCCGUACCCCCCGGGCCUCGAAGCGAUCGAAGUGA